CUGAGGAUCGGAGAGGGUCAAUCAAUUCCUUUGUGACCUUCUCCGGUUAUAGUAUUACUUACAAAAUCUUUUCCAAAUAGAAACAAAAAUGGAUGAGAAUAACAAUAAGAACAAGAACAUCGCCGUGAUAGGCGUGUGUUCUUUGAUCCUCGUAGCUAUGGUGGUGGCCCUUGCGGUCGGCACCCAAGAAGCCAGCGAGGACGAGGAAGGUGUGACUACUACGUCCCAGAAAGCCAUUGAUUCAGUAUGCCAGCCUACUACGUACAAGAAAACGUGUGUGAAUAGCCUCUCCAAAUCAAACGCGGGGAACUCAACGGACCCGAAAGAGCUCAUCCAAGCCGCGUUUAGCGUCACCAUUGAUGACAUUCGCCGCGCCAUUCAUAAUUCCACGCUCUUGAAGAAUCUCAAGGACAAUAAUAGGUCGAAGAAGGCCCUGGAGAAUUGCAAGGAGCUAACCAGCCAUGCCGUGGAGGAUCUUCAGAGGACUACGGCUAAGUUCCGAAGCUUUGAUCUCAUGGCGGAUAUGGAGAACUGGCUGGCAGAUCUCAAGACGUGGAUUAGCGGGGCUUUGACGUAUCAGGAAACUUGCCUUACUGGAUUUGAGGAAAUCCCGGGACAUGAAGAGGGAUUGGUGAGGGAGGUUUUGAGAGAAUCCAUGGAACUCACUAGCAACGCCUUGGCGAUUGUUACUGAAAUGUCUUCCCUUAUGUCCACCACUGAUGACGCCGAAGCUCCCUCGCCAAUCACCGAAGUCAUAUCCAUUAACGAACGUCGUCUUCUCUCCGAACACUUAUUCCCCGAGUGGGUCAGCUCGGGAAAGCGUAGGCUUCUUAAAUUAGACCUGGAAGAGAUCGAGCCAGACCUGGUGGUCGCAAAGGAUGGGUCGGGGAACCACACCAGCAUCAAUGACGCCCUGCUGAGUAUCCCCAGGAAGAGCGACGACACUUUUGUGGUGUACAUUAAAGAGGGCGUUUACGAAGAGCAGGUUACGUUUUACCGUAAUCUCACUAAUCUCGUCGUGGUGGGUGACGGUCCAACCAAGACGAAAAUCACGGGAUGGUUGAAUUUCAUCGACGGGGUUUCCACGUUCCACACCGCCACCGUUGUGGUUCUAGGCGACUUUUUUAUAGCUAAGGAUAUCUGGUUCGAGAACUCUGCCGGGCCGGAAAAGCACCAGGCCGUGGCGUUGAGGGUGGGGGCCGAUAAAACUAUUUUCUAUAACUGCAAAAUGGAUGGGUAUCAAGACACGGUCUACGCCCACACCUACCGCCAAUUCUACCGCAACUGUGAGAUCUCGGGCACCAUUGAUUUCAUAUUUGGCGACAGUGCGGCGGUGUUCCAGAACUGCAGCAUUGUGGUCCGGAAACCAAUGGAAAAUCAGCAGAACAUCGUGACGGCCCAGGGGCGGAAGGACCCGCACCAGCCCACGGGGCUGGUCCUCCAAAAUUGCACCUUUGAGGCAGAUCCCAAAUAUGGCCCAGUCAGGUUCACGCUCAAAUCCUACCUGGGUCGACCCUGGAAAGAGUACUCAAGAACCAUUAUCAUGGAAUCUUAUAUCCCGGAUUUCAUCCAGCCGGAGGGGUGGCUGAAAUGGAACCUGGAUUUCGGGCUCAAAACCCUCUUCUACUCGGAGUUCAACAACAGAGGGCCGGGCGCUGAUAAAUCAAAGCGGGUUACAUGGCACGGAAUCAAGGAGCUCCCCGCCAACCAAAUCAAACGAUUCACUCCGGGGAAAUUCAUCACCGGCAAUUCUUGGAUUAAGCACUCCGGGGUUCCGUACAAUCCCGUCUUCAUAUUCCCGCCACCCAAGAAAGACAAAUCCAUCAAAUACUCCCACGUAGACGCGGAUGAUUUAAUGGAUAUAGGCCCUAAAGAAAAGGAGGCUUAUGUUUCUCGUCCACUUCCACCGCCUCCACUUAAAGUUCCUCCCGCUGGGGCUCCGGUUUAAGCUUUUUUCACUUUUUGAGGUUAAGGAUUGUGAGCAUAAAUAUAAUAUGUGCAGUCCAACUAUCAGUUUAGGCUUUUAGUUGAGAUGUAGCACAUGCUUUAAUUAGGAUUUUGGUUUGUCCGGGCUUCCUGAUCGGAUGGGAUUCGGCUACUCCGAUUCUUGUAUAGUGUAACUCCUCGUUCAGUGUGGCAUAGUGCUCUUGGCUUGUAACAACUGAUCAACCCACGAUGGCGUGGGAGGCUCAGUUAAUGGUUGAAGUUGAUAGCACUUAGCAGUUGUCCCGUAGCUUUAUAAGUGGAGAUGGCUCGUGUUAGUUUUAUGGUCUAUAGGCUAGAGGUUGGACCAACAUAAAUCUGUAAAGAGUUGAAUUGAAGAAUGUACAGGAGUAUAUAUUGUUGUUAUAAAGUUUUGAAUUGCUUAUC